CGCCAACACUAUACGGGAAGACACUCAUUUUCACUCUCUUCUUCUAAACAAAAAUGGAAGCCGGUGAACACUCACCUCCAACAUCACCGGAAACCGACCUAAUGGAAAUAAAAACAGAAAAAACACCAUACUCACCAUCGGAACCACCAAAAAUCCACCGUCUAGAUGAGUCCGUGGUCAACCGAAUCGCCGCCGGAGAAGUAAUUCAACGCCCUGUUUCAGCCAUCAAAGAACUAGUAGAAAACAGCCUCGACGCGCACUCUACCUCUAUAAACGUCGUUGUUAAAGACGGUGGCCUUAAACUCAUUCAAGUCUCCGAUGACGGCCACGGCAUUCGCCGUGAGGAUUUGCCUAUAUUAUGCGAGAGGCAUACGACGUCGAAGCUGACUAAUUACGAGGAUUUACAGUCGAUUAAGUCAAUGGGGUUCAGAGGAGAGGCAUUGGCCAGCAUGACUUAUGUAGGUCAUGUGACUGUCACUACUAUUACUCCAGGAAAAUUGCAUGGUUACAGGGUUUCAUAUAGAGAUGGGGUAAUGGAGGAUGAGCCUAAGCCUUGUGCUGCAGUUAAAGGGACGCAGAUAAUGGUAGAAAACUUGUUCUAUAACAUGAUUGCUAGGAGAAAGACAUUCCAGAAUUCUUCAGAUGAUUAUUCCAAAAUAGUGGACUUGCUAAGCCGAUUUGCGAUUCAUCAUAUUAACGUGAGCUUUUCUUGCAGAAAGCAUGGAGCAUCCAGAGCAGAUGUCCACUCAGUGACCACAUCAUCAAGGCUUGAUUCCAUCAGAUCUGUUUAUGGAGUUUCUGUUGCUCUCAAUCUAAUGAAAAUAGAAGUUCCAGACAGUGAUCCUUCAAGUUCAGUUUUUAAUAUGGAUGGACUCAUUUCCAAUUCAAAUUAUGUGGCGAAGAAAACAACAAUGGUUCUUUUUAUCAAUGAUAGACUAGUGGAAUGCACUGCUUUAAAGAGAGCUAUCGAAAUUGUUUAUGCUGCUACCUUACCAAAAGCUUCAAAACCUUUCAUAUACAUGUCAAUAGUAUUGCCACCUGAGCAUGUUGAUGUGAAUGUGCAUCCAACAAAGAGAGAGGUAAGCCUUCUGAACCAAGAAUUCAUUAUUAACACGAUACAAUCUGCUGUUGAAUCAAAAUUGAGGAACUCAAACGAGGCUAGGACAUUUCAAGAACAGACGUUGGAUUCCUCUCCAAGUGUUACUUUAAGUGCAAAAAAGGAUUCAAAUGUUAACCCCUCACCCUCGCCUUAUGGGUCAAAAUCGCAAAAAGUUCCAGUGAAUAAAAUGGUAAGAACUGAUGCAUCGGAUCCUGCUGGAAGGCUGCAUGCCUAUUUGCAAGCCAGGCCUGUUGAUAAUCUUGAAGGGAAUUCUAGCUUGGCAGCUGUGAGGUCUUCAGUUAGACAAAGAAGAAACCCUAAGGAAAGUGCAGAUAUUUCUUCUGUUCAGGAGCUUGUUAAUGAUAUUGAUGGAAACUGUCAUUCAGGUCUGCUGGAUAUUGUCAGAAACUGCACAUAUAUUGGAAUGGCAGAUGAUGUUUUUGCAUUGCUUCAGUAUAAAACGCAGCUGUAUCUUGCAAAUGUAGUGAACUUAAGCAAAGAGCUCAUGUAUCAGCAAGUUCUACGACGAUUUGCUCAUUUCAAUGUCAUACAACUGAGUGAUCCAGCCCCUCUUAGAUUGCUCAUUAUGUUGGCAUUGAAGGAAGAAGACUUGGAUCUAGAAUCCAACGAAAAUGAAGACCUGAGAGAGAAGAUUGCAGAAAUGAACACUGAACUGCUAAAGGAUAAGGCAGAACUUCUAGAGGAGUAUUUCUGCAUAUACAUUGACUCACAUGGGAAUUUGUCUCGGCUUCCUGUCAUACUUGACCAAUAUACACCUGACAUGGAUCGGAUCCCUGAAUUUGUACUUAGUUUGGGAAAUGAUGUUGAUUGGGAGGAUGAAAAGAAUUGCUUUCAAACAAUUGCGGCUGCUGUUGGGAACUUCUAUGCCAUCCAUCCUCCUCUAUUGCCCAGUCCCUCAGGUGAUGGUUUACAAUUUUACAGAAGAAGGAAACCUGAAAAGAAUCCCGAUGAUAAAGAAAAAGCAACUGACAUAGAUGUUGAAAUGGAGGAUGAACUUGAGCAUGAAUUGCUGUCUGAGGCAGAGACUGCAUGGGCCCAGCGUGAAUGGUCAAUACAGCAUGUAUUAUUUCCUUCCAUGAGACUCUUUUUAAAGCCACCAACUUCAAUGGCUACAAAUGGGACAUUUGUUCAGGUAGCUUCAUUGGAGAAGCUUUACAAGAUAUUUGAGAGAUGCUAAAUGAAUUCACUUCAGACUUAUCGACAGAAUCACGACAGACAGGAGCUGUUCUUUUGUUGCUGGACUGCAAGGUACACUGGGGAAUUUUGGUGGACUGGUUCUAUCUUUCUGUAUAUGAUGUCUCUAUGAUCUGUAGAAAAAAAGAAUCCUGGAGAUUUUGCAUGUUGCUCGUAGAUCAACUAAUGGUAUUAUGUGUUGUAAAGAAAGAAUUUCGUAAUGAAUCCACCACAAUAUGGUCUCUCCCAGGCCUGUUGGUUGAA